GAGGAACAAAAAAAAAGAACAGAGAGAAAAAAAACCCUAGUUUUUGUUUUGAUUAUAUAGAUCUGUAUUUUGCGUGUAAAAAUGGAGAGGAAUCUCGUGGGAUAUAGGUUUAGUCCUACGGGAGAGGAAGUGAUCAACUAUUACCUCAAGAACAAGAUUCUUGAUAAAACAUGGCUCGUCAACGAAGCCAUUAACGAGAUCAACAUCUGUGCUUACGAUCCAGAGUCCUUGCCUUCGUUAUCGAAGCUGAAAUCAAAGGAUCUUGUAUGGUACUUCUUCUGUAGAAGGGAGUGCUACGCAAGUAACGCAGCCGAUAAGAAGAAGGGAACGAAGAGGACAACACCUUCUGGGUAUUGGAAAGCUACUGGUGUUGAUCGGAAAAUCAGGAACAAGGGUGUUGAGAUCGGGAUCAAGAAGACGCUUGUGUACCAUGAAGGUAAAUCAGCUAAUGGUGUUUGGACUCCCUGGGUCAUACACGAGUUUCACAUCACUUCCUUGCCUCCUGCUCAGAGGAACUAUGUUAUCUGCCAAGUAAUGUACAAGGGUGCUGACGGAGACAGUUUGUUCGGUAAUAACUCCAAUGAGUUAAGCCACUCCACCAUGGUCUCUGAUUUGAAUGCUGUCAGAGAAAUUAACACAGCUCCUGAGGUUGAGCAACCAAGGCAAGAUCUCUACAUCUCUGUGGAUGAUUUGGCAAGCCCACUGAACGAGCAGGAAGAUCCCUCUCUAUUCAAUCCAGACAUGUUUUUCAACGACAACUACUGCCCUUACCAGCAGCCACAAGCUCCCUGCGAUGAUGAUUAUUUUCGUGAACUGCUGAGUUUUAACGGAGGGAGUUAUGAUGAUAUACUACGCGAUACAGACAUCACAAUGCAAGAGCACCGCAAUGAUCACAGGCCAAAGAAAGCUUUGACAGGGGUCAUUGUUGAUUGUAGCAGUGAUAGCGAUGCUCAAUACAUAUCUGCAACGGUAAGCCUGUUGAAACCAAUUAUUAUAAGCUUGACCGGUAUACCUGCGCAGAUUUUGAUUUUACUUUUUAUAAAUAGAUAUUUAUUUUAUGUACAUAGUAGUAUAUAUUUUUUCAAUUUAUUCUUACCAAAUAAUUGUUUAAUAUGAUAUUCUAAACAUAAUAAUUUUAUAGUUUAUAUAGAAUGAAUUUAUUAUGUUUUUUUUAA